GCUAUUUUUUUGACAUACAGUGUAGAAUACUUGCCUCUUUACUACUUACUGCGUCUUUCACUUCCUACCUUCCCUAUGUCCUCUCUCUCUCUCUCUCUCUCUUUAUAUUCUCUUUUUCAGUCUCUCUUCCACCCCACUACUUCCUUGCCUGCCUCUGCGGCUCUGCCUCUGCCUAUCCCUCUCUGUCUCUCUGUAUCUCUGUAUCUGUCUAUCUUUCUAAACCAUGAACCCGUCUGAGGAUUUUGUAGAAGAGGGAAUAUCUCAACGGGUAUUCUUUCCUCUCUUGCCCUCUGAAUUAAGCAGUCACCAUUCUUUCAUGUCAGUGUUUAACUCCUUUAUCUCCCCUUUAUUUACUGUUCUUUCUUGUACAACACCAUUGUUAUAGGAUAAUCACUUAGUAUGUUCUUCUAGCAAAAUGGGUGUGUGUCUUGUGGUAUAUCAGUCAUUAUUUCAAAGCUUGUGCCUUGGACCAAAAAGGGUUUUGAGUGUAAUGCUUCUCUUUAAAUUUUAACGGGUUUUGAAGAAUGACUAUAAUGUGCAAUAGUAGUGGUUUCCUAUCUGCUUUCUGUUUUCUUUCUUUUUCUUCAUCUUCUUCUUCUUCUUCUUCCUCUUCUUUUUUACUUGGUUCUGGUUUCUGGGUAAGUUAAUUUCUUCCACCAUAAUGGGGGUUCUAGUAAGAUAACUAAAAAGAGUUAUUAAUGAUGAAGAAAAACAUAUUAGUUAAACAUAUUAGUAGGUCUUGCUUUCACUACACUAAGCUCUGCAAAUUCAGAUAACUCCCUUGUCUGGAACUGAAAAUUUAUUCCUUGACUCCCUCAAGGCAGAAUAUGUCUGCAAUUGGAAUGGAAAGCUAUGAAUGUAACAUGAGCUUACAUUCAGCUUCUCUUCUGCUGCAUAACCACCAUAAACUACCACCAAGAAGGACGAAUUACUAAAUCGAUGGUGUUCAAGGGUUUAUCCUAUUAGCAAAGUGUAUAGUGUUUAAUGAACACUGGGACUGAAACAACAUCAAAACUUGAAGAGGGCGUCCUGUUCAACUAUGCUCACAUUGGCUUAUCAAAGUCUUGGAGUUGUAUAUGGAGACCUCAGCACCUCCCCUCUUUAUGUUUACAAGACCACCUUCUCUGGAAAGUUAGGCCUUCAUGAGGAUGAUGAGGAGAUCUUUGGGGUGCUUUCCUUUAUCUUCUGGACUUUUACUCUCAUUGCUCUCUUCAAAUACAUUUUCAUUGUGAUGUCAGCUGAUGAUAAUGGUGAAGGUGGAACAUUUGCAUUGUACUCUCUUCUCUGUCGUCAUGCAAAACUAAGUAUUCUACCUAAUCAAGAGGCCACAGAUGAGGAAUUGUCUUCGUAUGUGACAGAAGGACCUACAGACUCGUCGCAGAGUUCAGCUCUGAAGCUGUUCUUUGACAAGCAUGAAAAUUUUAGAAAAGGGCUCUUGGUUUUUGUUCUGGUGGGAACCAGUAUGGCAAUCGGUGAUGGAGUUCUCACUCCAUCAAUAUCAGUUCUUUCAGCGGUCUCAGGAAUUAAACUUAAGAUCACAGAACUUCAUGAAAAUUAUGUUGUAGUAAUCUCAUGUGUCAUUUUGGUGGGGCUUUUCUCCCUUCAGCAUCAUGGAACACACAGAGUUGCUUUCAUGUUUGCUCCAAUUGUCACAGCAUGGCUUUUGUGUAUUUGCGGCAUAGGGAUAUACAACAUAUUCCGGUGGAAUCCGCGCAUAUUUCGUGCACUUUCCCCUGCUUACAUGUUGAAGUUCCUUAAAACCACAGGUGUUGAAGGAUGGGUGUCACUUGGUGGAGUGGUUCUUUCAAUAACAGGUGUGGAGGCAAUGUUUGCUAAUUUAGGCCAUUUUUCUCCUUUCUCCAUCAAGAUAGCUUUCACAUGUCUAGUAUAUCCCUCUCUGGUUUUUGCAUACAUGGGUGAGGCCGCAUUCCUCUCUAAGCACCGUGAAGAUAUCCAGAGAAGCUUCUACAAAGCCAUACCAGAAGCUGUGUUCUGGCCAGUGUUUAUUGUGGCCACUUUCGCUGCUGUGGUAGGAAGUCAGGCAGUAAUCUCAGCUACAUUCUCUAUGAUAAGCCAGUCAUGUGCACUAAAUUGCUUUCCACGUGUUAAAAUAGUUCAUACUUCGAGCAAAAUAUACGGUCAGAUAUACAUUCCUGAGGCCAACUGGAUGUUAAUGUGCCUUUGUUUAGGUGUGACAAUCGGACUAAGGGACACAAACAUGAUGGGGCAUGCAUAUGGUCUUGCAGUCACUACUGUAAUGUUUGUUACAACUUGCUUAAUGGCUCUGGUGAUGACAAUUGUGUGGAAGAAAAAUAUAAUUACUUCCAUAUCAUUUUUGGUGUUUUUCGGUUCAAUUGAACUGCUCUAUAUUUCGGCAUCCAUCAGCAAAGUUCCAGAAGGUGGCUGGAUCCCGCUUGUGCUGUCUCUAGUUUUCAUGGGUGUAAUGUACAUUUGGAACUAUGGGACAAGGAAGAAACACCAAUUUGAUGAGGAAAAUAAGGUCUCAGUGAACAGAAUAGUGUGCUUGGGGCCUAGCCUUGGUAUGGUUCGGGUACCUGGAAUUGGAGUUGUUUACACCAAUCUUGUAAACGGCGUUCCAGCUGUUUUUGGACACUUUGUAACUAAUUUGCCUGCAUUCCAUCAGGUAUUGGUUUUCGUUUGUAUCAAAUCUGUUCAUGUUCCUUAUGUCAGGGAAAACAAACGGCUUGUCAUUAGUAGGGUUGGGCCCAAGGAGUACGGAAUGUUCAGGUGCAUUGUGAGAUAUGGUUACAAAGAUUUGCAACAAGAAAACUACGACUUUGAGAACAGAUUGGUGUCUGGAAUAAUACAAUUCAUAGAAACAGAGGAAGAAUGUGUUCUGAAACCAACCCUGCCAGAGCACACCUUCAUGGACUCAAAUCAAGAAGACAACGUGGUGCAUUCUUUAAGUGAUUUUCAAGUAACGAAAUCCGGAAUUGAGCAUUUGGAAAAUACUAUAAUCAAAGAUGAGUCUCUGCAGAUCUUGAAAGCCAAAGAAUCUGGUGUUGCUUAUAUUCUUGGACAAUCUCAUGCAAAGUCAAAGAAAUCAUCGUCGGUUUUGAAGAAAUUUGCUAUAGACAUUGUGUAUGCAUUCCUGAGCAAGAAUUGUAGAGGGCCUGAUGUUAUUCUGAAUGUGCGUCAUACUUCUUUGCUGGAAGUUGGAAUGAUUUACUAUGUUUAGCUUCUGAAUGAACCCUGCAUCUGGGUACGAAUGGUCUUCGUUAAAGCUGUGCCUGAGAUGUUACAUUCUAUCCAAGCUGACAUAUUUAUGCCUACACUUGGUCUGUGACAAAGUAGCUUAUAUGAUUAUAUUUGGCACAAAAGUAGUGUUGCAGAACUAACAUUUACCAUAGUUUUUGUAUAUUCUGGUUGUCGUUUCUUCGAGUAUUGACUUCCCCAUAGAUCAGAGGUGUAAUAUCAGUUCCAAAAUGUUUUCUUUUUGAUUGGUUUUAGAGGGGAAAAAAGAAUCCCAAAUGUCUGUGGUAUACAAGUGAAGUUCCUUUGGCAAACUGAACAAUAUAAGAAUUAAGGCUUUCAUC